CGAGUGCGAGCGUUUACCUAUUGACAUUCGACGUAUUUUAUAAGUUUGCAGUCGUGUCUUAAAAUUCUCAUUUUUAGGCCUCCUUUAAACGGUAUUUUUAGUACUUUUAAACCUUCUCCAUUUAAAUAUACCAGACCAUAACUGGUUAUGAUUAAAAUAUACGAGGAGAAGGUGUUCUGGGUACUGCUGGUAUUGUUAUGUUGUGUCGGUAUCACUUUGUUUAGCGUCAAGUUAUGUCAAAUAAUUAGCGAAAGGUCUGGGAAUUCUACGUCACGGAUAGUCAUAAUUGAUGAACGAGGUGGUAUUACAGUUCUAAGUCCUUGUCAAGUAGAUGCAGAGAGCCAAGAAGUUUUGAGAACUAUCAAACAAUCAUACAAGAAUCUAGCACCACCUAUAUAUUCAACAUUACCAAAGAUCAGUUCUAAAUCUACAUAUGAAUUACCACCAGCUUACCCUUGUAAUAUUGAAUAUAUUUAGUCGAUAAUUUUAAAUAGGUAUCUAUUGUUAGGUACCUAUAUAAUUUUUUUAAUUUUUCCACUUUAUUGAUCCAGAUUGACAAGUUAAAACGACUUUAUUGUUUAAAGCUUGUUGUCAUGACAGGCAAGAUUACUUCGUCACUGUAUUAAUGCAUUUUUCUGUUUGCUUAUGAAAUAAACGGAUGGUUAGUUUUAGUAAUAAUAGAAACUAGUUAAGUUUCGAAAAUUACCAACAUUAAUAAAGGUACGCAUACACAUUUUUUAUAUACUUAGCGAGUUAAACUAAUUUUAAGAAAAAUAAAGAAUAUAGGACAUAAAUUAUUUCUCGAAAUUUUGUGACUAAUUGUGAAUAAUGCAGAGUAAAUUACAAAAUAAAGAUAAGAUAUAGACGAUUUAAUGAUAUAGUUUACAUUAGAAAAAAUUGUUAAGGGCUUUAACAUUGUUGUGUAUUCUGAUACAAAUCACAUAUUGUCUCUUCUUAAUUAAAUUAUUAAUUUCUUUUUAUUAUUUCCUUGUCAGAUCUUAAUGUCCAUAAUCUAAUUUCUUGUUAGUCGUCAUAUUUCUGAUGAUUUUUAUUCUGUUACUUGUUAAAAGUAGUAAGUAUAUUUAGAUGUAUUGUACAUAUUUUAAGAAAUUUUGUUCAAAUAUAUAUUUUUUAGAAGA